GUAGGAUUGGCUCAAGUCUACGGAAGAGUAGAGCAAGCCUACAAAGAAGACGUCCAGGUCCUCGAAGGAGUAGCGCAAGUCUACAAAGGAUUCACGCAGGUCUACGCAAGAGUGGAGCAGGUCUACGUUAGAGUGGCACUAGACCAUACUGGGAGUCCGAUUUCCAAUUGGAUCCUCGGAAAACCUUGUACUUGCACAAAUAGCCAGAAGAUCCGAUAUUUCUAUCUUACCGAGCUCCGGGUUAAUCGUCGUCAGGUAUUUCAGGAUGAAGCGUAUAAGGAGAGGAUUUUUCUUUAGUU